AUGGAAUACAACCUCUGGAGUGACCAGAGCCUGGAGACAGACCCCGACCUGCCCCCUGGCUGGAGGAAAAUCCAUGACUCUCUGGGCACCUACUACUGGCAUGUGCCAACUGGCACAACGCAGUGGCAGCACCCGACAUGCAUCACCAGCCCAGGAGGGUGCCCGGAGGCUGAUGGAGAAGAUACACUCCAGGCAAUGGACUGCCAGGCCCAUGUGGUGAAGCACUCGGCAAAGGACAGGCCCAUUCCCAGCCCCAUGGCUUCUCUGUCCCGAAGGACCUCGCUGCCCUGGCAUGGAGAGGACUUCCAGCAGAAUGCAGAGCCUGGCUCCAAGUGCUUUGCUGUGCGCUCGCUGGGCUGGGUGGAGAUCCCUGAGGAGGACCUGGCACCUGGCAAGAGCAGCAUUGCUGUCAACAACUGCAUCCAGCAGCUCUCCAACAGCAAGGGCCAGAGUUCUGUGGAGAAUCGGGACGAGGGCCAGGACCUGGUGAUGAUCCUGAAGAAGGACACCAUGAGCCUGGUGGACCCCCUCGACCACAGCCUCAUCCACCAUCAGCCCAUCCUCAACAUCCGCGUGUGGGGCGUUGGCUGCAACAAUGGCAGGGACAGAGAUUUUGCCUUUGUGGCCAGUGACAAGGACACCUGCGUCCUCAAGUGUCACGUCUUCCACUGCAAUGUGCCUGCCAAGGGCAUUGCCAAGGCCCUGCACGAGAUGUGCUCCAAGAUCAUGGCUGAGCGAGCCAUAGCAAAUAGCCGGCUGCCACGUGCCACCGUGCUGGAGCCCAUCUCAACUGAGGACCUGCCGCUGAAAGUCGAUGUCCUGGAAGCAGUGAGGCAGUCGAUGCAGACCUACGAGGCGCUUUACAGCGGCAGCCUGCCUGUGCCCAGGGCCAUGGGGAUGGAUGUGCUGAAUGAAGCUAUUGAGAAGCUGAUGAAGGGCCCUGGGCGGGACCACUGGACCCCCUCCCUCCUCCACGUGUCUGACACGGCCAUGAGGGGGUGA